AUGCCACAGUUGCCAACUGCCAACUAUGUACUAUAUGAAAGUCAAGAUCUUUCUGAUUUGUGUCCAAAUGGCCAUACAUUAUGUUCAAAGUGCAAAGUUAGAGUGCAGAACUGUUGCCCGAUUUGUCGCCAUGAACUUGGUAACAUAAGAUGCUUGGCUUUGGAGAAGGUGGCAGAGUCUUUGGAACUCCCCUGCACAUACAAUGGUUUGGGCUGUCAUGAUAUACUUCCCUAUUACAGCAAGCUCAAACAUGAACAACAUUGCCAAUUUCGACCAUACAACUGCCCCUAUGCUGGUUCUGAAUGUUCUGUCGCUGGGGACAUCCCGACCCUUGUUGCACAUCUCAAGGAUGAUCACAAGGUUGACACGCAUGAUGGAUGCACCUUCAACCAUCGAUAUGUCAAAUCCAAUCCUCAGGACGUUGAAAAUGCUACAUGGAUGUUGACUGUCUUCAAUUGUUUUGGUCGCCAGUUCUGCUUGCACUUUGAGGCUUUCCUAUUGGGAAUGGCGCCAGUAUAUAUGGCCUUCCUUCGGUUCUUGGGUGAUGAAGAUGAGGCAAAGAAAUUCAGUUACAGUCUGGAAGUUGGUGGGAAUGGCCGAAAGUUAACGUGGCAAGGGAUUCCAAGAAGCAUUCGUGACAGCCACAAGAAAGUUCGUGACAGUCAGGAUGGACUGAUCAUUCAGAGGAACUUGGCACUCUACUUUUCUGGUGGUGAUAGGCAGGAGUUGAAGUUAAGAGUGACAGGUCGCAUCUGGAAAUAGCACUGACAUACAGCUAUCACCUAUUUAAGAAUUCAUGUUGAAAUAGAAGAUUACAUCAGUCUCACUGGGUUGGUGGAUAAUCCAUAUGAGAAUUUAACAGACAAAUGUUUAUCUGUAAAUGGGGUAGACUUGGUGCAAAUUUUGGAAGGUCAGUUUCUGUUUCAUACAACUUCUUCAAUCGGUUGAGUUGGUUGGGUACGAUAGGCAAAGAUCUUUGUGAGCAAAUUAAUGUAAAAAUGUUUAUCUAGAAAUCCUGGCAUCAAAACCCUGUGAAAUAGGGGAAUGAAAAAUAAACAUUUUCUGAGAUGUAAUGUUACAGAAUCUGAAGUUAGCAUUUGUGUAUGUAAAAGAAAAGGUUCAAAUAUCAUGGUUUCCAUAUGUAGACCUUUCUUGGCAUACUCCACUUUCAGCCUUUUACAUUGGGGGUCUUUCUUCUUUCA